CCAUAAUAACGUCAAUGUUAACUAAACACUCUAGAUGUACAGUGUAAGAACGGGGUGUAACGCUAUCUGUCUUAAAUGUGUCUGCCUUAAGAUUAUUACAUUGCGUUUAUGUAGAAAGAGGCAUCCUAUGAAAUGCUGUGAAUAAAUGUAACCCAUCAUGAUAAGACCAUUAAAAAAACUUACAAAACAAACAUAAACACAGCACAUAAGCCUGAUAGACUUUUUCACAACAGCCAUUCUGACAUGAAGUAGGACUAGUGGGUAAGAGCAGGUAGUCUAUUACUACUUGCAUCAAUUAAGCUUCUAUUCAAUUUAUUGUAGGACCCUUAAUGUCACACCUGCUUGCUCUAGUUUGCAGUUUUUCAUGUCAAAAUGGCUGCUCUGAAAAAAAGAUUUAUUUAAACAGGUAAGCCGUGCAACAUGCCUGUCAUAGUGGGAAGAGUGGUCCAGAAGUCGUGAACUUGUCUAUUAAUGUCCAGCAUUCUCACUGUGAAGCUAAACAUGUUUUUCUGUGGUAGAGGUGUGUAAAACAGUAGAGGCAGGAAGCUGAAGCUAGAGGGGAAGGAAGGAUGUGGUUAUUUCUUAGUGUUGUAUGUGCUUUGAGUAGACUGAUGAUGGCAAAUUCAUCCAUUUCUUUCUCCUACAUCUCCAUUCUCCUUCAUAAUCUCACAAAGUGACAUGAAUCAUUCCUCUCCAUGGCAUCUCCAUGGCAUCACCUUGUUAAGAUCACAUUGUAAGUAGUUUUAUAGUAGUAUAGUAGUUUUUCCUUCUUUGGGGGAAAUUCAUUUGACUUAAAAUGACAUGACCAUAGGCUAUGUAGCCUAUAGCCUACUUAUUUACUGCUGUUUUUGCAUUAGACUGUUGUUGCCUGCCACAAAUAUUUAACAUGUAUGUAGGAAUUGUAUGCAUUACUGCAGGUUUGCAGAUUGCAACAGUCAGAGCAACAGAUGUAUUAAAGAACCAUGAAUGAUCAAUGGGAUAGUUUGUGGUAUGACUUUAUCGGAAUUCACAUAAUGUAUAUUACGGUGAGUGUCCACAUUAUUUAAGAUUCCCGGCUACUGCAUGCUAUGUUGUAUCCAUAACAACACAGAAGUAACUACAGUUGACGCAUGCGCGGCACUUCCAUCUGAGCCUAGUCCACCUCGUAUCCUGUUACAUGCAUAGCAAGCUAACGGGGGUUGCCCAUAUGGCCAUCCCGCUGGCUGAGGUGUACUUGCACCUCUCUUUGUUUGCCUAAUGCACCUAUAUGCCUAACCGGGUUUAUCUAUCUUGUGAUCUAUCACCGUCUCUGUUAUUGCCUUCGCACACAUCUCUGUAUGCAGAAGAAUGAUUGCAUCCUUAUCGAAAGGAAAUCUACUAGACGUGCUCCAGGAAGGUUUCAGUGAGCCACAAGUGGCGACAUAUGUGUCCUGGGUAAAUGCACAGCUGCGGAAGAAACCUGGAGUAAAGCCUGUCCAUGACCUCCGGCAAGACCUCCGAGAUGGCGUGGUGCUCGCACACCUCAUUGAGAUUGUGGCUGGGGAGCUCCUUGGCGGCAUUCAUUACGCCCCCCUUGACCCCCAAGAGAAGAAGCAGAAUGUGGAAAAGGUUCUACAGUUCAUGUCUUCCAAGCGGAUACGCAUGCCUCAGACCUCCGCUCGAGAUAUUGUGGACGGGAAUCUCAAGUCUGCCAUGCGGCUGAUCCUUGCCUUGGCAGCCCACUUCAAGCCCUCCGCUUCGGCCAGUCACCGAGCGGGCGCCACUACGGGUCGGGGCACGGCGGGGUCAUCGCCCAAUCACAGGCCUCACUCCACUAUGGCUAUGGCACAGAAUGCCGUGGCGGCGCUCGCGGUGGCGCGGCAGGACGCCUCCCGCUCCGGCCGCUCUCUGCUUCACCUGAGACAGGAGUGGAACAGCCAAGGCAACAUGGUUUCCAAGGAGAUUGAUUGUCCAUGCUGGAGUGUGCGGGCUCUGGUGCAGCAGUAUGAGGGUCAGAAAGGGGGACCAGACGAGGAUUCGGACACAAGGCCACCCAGCCUCAGGUCACCCAGCCCUACGCAGACUAUUAGAGAAGCUCACAGUGUUUCAGAAGACCAGAGAGGGGCUGUUCAAAGCCAAGCAGUGGAAACCAUUAAAACAGAUGACAUGGUGAGGUCAUCAGCGUGCGACGAGUUGUCUGGCUCCAGGCCUGAUGGGUCCGCUGGGGGCUGUGUGUGGGAGGAGCAGCUGUGUGAGCAGCAGGAGCAGCUGGAGAAGGAGAUGCAGGAGGCUCGGAGGAUGGUGUCCAGCCUGCAGGCACUGCUUCUCCAUGGGUCACUGCCAGAAGACGAACAGGAUGUGUCUCUGGGUUUUGCUGAGGGAGUGGACAACGCAGAGCAACAGCUGAUCAUAAUCCGCAGUCGUCUGGACCAAAGUAUGGAAGAGGCUCAGGAUCUGAAGAGGGAGCUAUCUAAAUUUAAACAAGAGGCACGAAAUCUGCUCGGUGUCAAGGAUGCCUUGCAGCAGAGAAUGGCAGUACAAGAGGCGUGUGUCUUACAACUGAAACAAGAACUUCUAAGGACUACCAUGGCCAGAGAUGAACUGACUGGUCAGAAUGUGGAGUUGCAGCGAAAGCUAGAGGACCGAAACAAACUACUCAGUGAUUACAAGAAAGAGCUGGGUCAGAAGGACAGACUGCUCCAGCAGCAGCAGACCAAACUGGACGACACCCUGCGGAAACUCUCAGAGAGCAGCCACCAGCAGACAAGCCUGCAGAGGGAGCUAGAGCGCAAGGAGCGUAUACUGCUGGAGCUGAUGAACAAUCAUGAUCCAGAGGAGGUCCCUGUUGGCCACAAUAAUGGAUACGCGGAGACGUCCAUGCCCCAGACAUACAAAGGGGCAGAGGAGCUGCAGCUGGUGCGCGAUGCCCUGCGCAGCCUGAGGAGCAGCUUCAGUAGCCACGAGCCCCAGCAGCACACGCUGGACACGCUAGAGCAGGGCGUGGCCAGCCUCAUGGACCGGCUGCACGCCGCCCAGCCCAGCUGCCCCCACCAGCGCAGGGUCAGAGGUAAAUCACCAGGACGUAAAGCUGCCCCCACAGACCAUGAGGCCUGGCCAUCUGGCUCUACUAAAAGCUCCUUGGGCCUUGGACUGUAUCAUACUCACACAGGUUGACAGACACCAGCAGGAUAGACAGAUGGAGACUGACACUCAGAGACUAUUCAGUGGCCCAAAGCUGAGCUGAGAGCCCCCAGUCAGCCUAGUGGAGACAGUGGAACCCCCCCCCCCCCCCCACUGGCCAACAGUGUCCAAGUGUCUAUGAUGUGGACUUGGAGGAAUACUGAAUACUGAAAAUGAAGAUGAUGGUGGCGUAAUGAGCCUGUCUACAUGCCACUGAAGCAGAUAGUGGUUGUCAGGCCUGUCCAUCAUGGACACGUUGUUGACUAACUCAAGUCAACCUUGUGACUCCUUUGCAUGAGGUUAUGAGUGGAAAAUGACAUCAUUUUCAUUUUGUUCAAUUAUUCCUUGAAGUAUUACCAUGCUCAUAGGUUCAUGUUGGAGUGCCAAGUGCAUUUUCACACUUACCCUUUUCACACCAGGGAAUUCUCAGGGUGGAUGGGCAUGGGCAGUGUUUCGUGCUCAGGUCAUAGACCUACAUAGUGAAUAUCCUUUGUGAUUUGUGGGAUCGACUGACAUGUCUAUCUGUCCGUCAUACAAACAUGUACAAUCACAAAAUGGUGGAUGUUGUAAAAACUAGCUACCUACUGGAGCAUACGUAAAACUGUUUGAAACUGUUACUUUUCUUAAGUAAUGUUUACAUGCUCUUGGUUGACUUUAUAAGGGUAUGCAACUGAAAUGUCAUGUAGCAUUCACUGCCAAGCGAACUGGGUUCAUAUUGGUAUCAUUCACAUGACCCUAGAUAUUGAACGUGAGAAUGAGCACAAGAAAUCCAAGUCUCUCACUCUGGACUGAAAUGAGCUGUAUGGAAAUGACUUUGAAAACACAUCUAUGAUAAUAACGCCAACAGGUUUCACUACAGAGCUUGGGUCACCCUGGGAUACAAAGUGUGGGUGUGGAAAUGCCUGUUGGAACAUUUCUGAUGCCAUUCCUGUUGUUAUUCUACCUACAUGUCUGCUGUUUAUUCUGCACUGCUAGAAAAAAAGGUUCUGUAUUCAAACAUAGGUCAGGAAUCAUUUGUUGAGCUUGGGAACUUUUUUCAGGAACAUUAACAUUUAUUUUUUUCAGAGCAGAAUCUAUUUAGAUUGAAAUCAAUUAUGUUUUCUAUUAUUCUGUUCCUACAUUGUGCAUCAUGCAACCCAUGGAGUUAUUGUCAUUAACUUAUGUUUGAUACAUUUGCUACAUCGCUAUUAUUACACUGAUGCUAUUUAUAGAGGGAAAGGUUAAACAACAUUAACAAAGAUUCAAGCUCAUAAUGAUUAUUUCUGUUUUUUGGUAAAGUUAAUUAUCAUUUUGCUCUUAAUUAAUGUAUGAUUUAGUAUAAACUAUGUUCUUCAAAACAAUUUGAUGCAGUCCUAGUUCUAAGUUUUUUUUCCAAUUCCUUGAAUGGUUCCAAGUACAUUAUGUGCUCACAGGCCUAGUUUAGAAUGAAGAGCAAACGUAUUAUUUGCAUCUCAUCAGAGCAGGAAACAGAGGCAGCCACUUUCUGGUCUUGGCAAUAUUUCACCCAGGGUUACUAUGGAAAUAUGAAACCCUUUUGUGCUUGUUCUGAAUUGGCUAUGGAUGUUCCUUAGGUCCUCUAGAGCUUUUCAACUGCUAGGGGUAUGAGGAAUCUGUAUUCUUCUCACGGUGUUUCGUAUACAACCCUUUGCCUUUCCAGAACCAAGAAAGAACCUAGUCUAGUAUGACGUGAUGUACUCUCAUUUGAAUUGCACUGGUAUGGCCCAUCCUGAAACACACAACUCUCUGUGUGUGGAGGAGUUUGGGAAAGCAAAUAUUGAGGAAUGUUCUCAUUAAGAGUUGUGUUAUGAUGUUUAAUGUGUGAUCAUGUUAUUAUUGCACAGAAACCUAUGUUGUUUUUAUAGGCCAAGUUGAAAAGGAUUACUUGAGCUUGAGGCUUUGUACAGCUUAGCUUUUGUAAACAGUUUCACUUUAUCACUGCAGUUGGACAUUUUCAAAGAAAACGGAUGAUUUUCAUGGAGAUUGUUAAAUUUGUGUAUAUUCUCGAUUCACAUUUAAUACAUUUGAAUAUAAUAAAGUUACAUCUUUUACAGAUA